AUGGCGACUGCCACCGUCGUCCGCCCAUCGCAGGCUUUGCGCACUCGCCGCGACGCUCCUCGACCCGCCCUCCCCACCAAGCGAGCAUCGGCCAUGGACGCCAGCGAGCCCGCCGGCAAGAGGCGCAGGCUGGACGAGCCAUACGUCCGCACCAAGGACUACAUCCUGCGCAAGUUCGCGGGCAAGCCGCCGUCCCUCACCGUCUAUCUCCACCCCAACUACUUCCGGUUCGAUGGCCAGGAGGGCAGUUUCACCUACGAUGGACCCAUGGUCUCCUUCCUCAAGAGCCUGCGCAACCAAGAGGUCCCCGCCGACAUGGUCGAGGCCCUGCUCGCCGGCAACGUCCCCUUCUACGACGGCUGUCUCAUCGUCGAGAUCCACAACCACCGCUCCGCAAACGGCAACAACAAGGGCAAGCAUGACUCGGGAGCCGGCGACCAGGUCAAGUUCUCCAUGCACAACUACAACAACUAUGUCACGCCCUCAGGACUGACGCCUUUCCCCAAGAAGGCCAAGGAGAGCGAACUGCCGGACAAGUCUCAGGCUGCUGAGGCCGUCAAGAGCGAAGAGGGCGGCGAAGACAAGGCCAAGGCCAAGGACGAGGAUGGCCCUCACAUUUCUACCCUGGUCAUGUUCCCUACUCCACUAUCUCAACACAAAGAGAUGAUGUUGCUGGCCAACACACCGGCGUCGGAACUCCGCAGCAAGAAAAAGGUUGCAGACGGAUCUACCACACCGCAGGUAUCGGUAGCGGCCUCCCAGGAGAACAAGAUGGCCCUCGAGGAGCAGGACUACUAUCAGUUCCAAGCAGACGUAUUGCUCGCCACUGAGCCGCCGCUGUAUCUGGAACCUGUCAAGAAUCCGCAGGAGGCGCAGAAAGUCCUCGACAUGCUCAAGCAUCCUCUACACAGCAAUCCGCCUCCAUCGCCAAAGACUCGCAAGCGGACCACUGCAGAGCUGGCCGCAGACGAUGCACAGGCUGCCGAAGCGGAACGCAGAAUGCUCAUCAUGGACGAGCGAAAGGCGACCGCCCCUGGAGCUGCCGACAGCGCUGGAAACUCACAAGCUCUCGGCCUCAACAGGUUUAAGACGCUGCAGAUGGUCCGCGAGAAGCUUGAUGAGGCCGAACGGCAGAAGAAGGAAGAGCAAGAGCAAGCUCAAGCUCAACGCAAGCAAGAAGAAGCCGCCGCUAAUGCUGCCCAAGCACAGAAACAGGCCCAGCAGGAACAGCAGCGCAAACUCAUGAACCAGCGUCAGCAUUUCGCCCGCCAGCAGCACGAGCAAAUGCGGGCGCAGCAAAUGCAGCAAGCCGCCGCGCUCAUGGCCCAGAACCAGUCUCACCCUCAGCAGAACGGCAUGGCGAAUCAGCAGCAAAACAACUUCCAGCACCCAACUUCGAUGUCGCAGUCCAGCCCCGUCGUCCGACAACAGACGCCGAUGAUGAACUCAUCACCCAUGGUCGCUCAGAAUGGGUUUCCCAUGGCUGCCACCUCCAGCCAACAAGCCGGCAGUCCCCCGCGACCAACCUCGGCGGCUAUGCCAAACCCCAAUGUCGCCAUGGCCCGACAAGCCAGUCAGCAGGCACACGCGAGUCGCAAUGCCACACCGCAAAUGGCACAAGGCACUCCCAACAUGACCGCCAUGCCUAACAGGCAGAUGAACCAGACGCCGCGCAUACCUCAUGGAAGCCCCGCGCCUGGCACACCGGCAACCUCCAACAUGAACAUGGCCUCGAUGCCCAUGCCAACGCCUGGCCAGACCGCCAUGACACCAGAGCAGUUCGCUAUGCUGCAGGCUCGACAACAACAAAUGGCAAAUCAAGUCGGAGGCAUGAACGCCGGCUCGCCAGGCCAGAACCAGGUCAACAUGACGCCAGAGCAGAUCCAGCAGAUCCAGCAGCAGCAGCACCGAACCCGUCAACAGCAGAUAAUGGUUGCGCGUGCUCAAGCUGUUGCUCAGCAAGCGCAACAAAACGGCAGCAACCCUCAAGCGCAACAGGCUCUUGCACAGCGGGCUUACUUGCUUCAGCAGCAACAACAGCAACAAGCGAUGCAACAGCGGAUGUUACAAGCUCAGGGGAACAACGCGGGUCAAGCUGGCAGUCCGCAUCCUGGAAGCAUGCAUGCCACUCCGCAGAUGGGGCAUGCUCACCCUCAGCAAGGUCAAGGGCAGGCUGGGGACACGAAUCAAGGGCAGCAAUUGACGCCUCAGCAGCAGGCUCAAAGACAGCAACAACAGCAGGCGCAGCUGAGACAGGCGCAGCACGCUCUGCAAGGGCUUGUGCAGCAGUACAAUGGCUUGCAGAAUAUCCCACAACAAGUGGUGAGCAGCUUGCCUCCGCCCAUGCAGAUGGUCGUCCAAAGACAAAGGCAGCAACAGCAGCAGACGGCUCGUGCGCGCCAGAUGGCCAUGCAGGCACAACAGGCACAGAAUGCGGGUCAGGCCGUUGCAGGGACGACUUCGACGCCCGAUCCUGAAUACAUGCAGACACUGCGAAACCACCAGACGAUGCUCGCACAGCAACAGCAAGGAGGGCAGAUGAACGGCAUGAGCAUGACGCAUAACAUGAACUUUGCAAAUAUGGGGAAUCAGCAGUUCCAGGGCGGAGGUGAUAGUCUGUCGCAGCAAUUCCAGGCGAUGCACGCGGCGUUGAACCGAGGCCAGCAGGGCGGUGGUGGAAUGGGGCAAUAG